UCAUGGGGCCCCCGGGCAAUAGGGGAUCAUGGGGCCCCUGUGUGCUUGCCCAAACUCAAAAAAGCCUAUGAAAAAGGUGCCAGGGGCCCCCUACUGACCCCGGGCCCUCGGGCGGUGCCCGAGUUUCCAAAUGGUCAGUCCGCCCCUGGUAACCAAUGAUGCUGGGCGACAAAAGCUGCCUGUGCUCUUGCAACCAAGGAUGCUGGGCAACAAGGUCCACCUGCCUCCAGGUAGCCAAGGAUGCUGGGAUACACGA